AUGUCACCUCUAGAAUGUUCUGAGUGUUUUGGAGACCAACUUCUGCGAAGAACCUACACCUGGAAUUUCACUUUGCAUUCCUAUCCCUUUUGGGGGAGAAAAAGAGACACACAGAGAGAGAGUUAUAUGUUCCCCUAUUCUCUUCCACAGCGGGGCUCAGUUGAGCCUUGUCUCCAGAUCCAUAAUUUGUACUCCGUGCCAAGGUGCCCAGUACAGGCCUCCCUGCCAAGACUAAAUCGAAGAACUGUAAGUCAACCCUCAUACCCACUGAACCGACUCUCCUCUGUGCCCAUCUGUGACGCCAUGGAGCAUCCCCCAUCACAGGCGGAGUUGGAGCUGGACUAUAACCUUCCCCGGGUUCAGCUGAGCGAUGAGAUGUUCGUCUUCCAGGACGGGAGAUGGGUGAAUGAGAAUUGCCGCUUGCAAUCCCAGCACUUCUCCCCCGCCUCCUCUUUCCAUCAUAAGCUACAUCACAAGAGGCUGGCCAAGGAAUACAUCCUGCAAGAGGAGAACAAGUCCCUUCGGGAGGCGAACAAGUCCCUUCGGGAGGAGAACAAGUCCCUUCGCGAAGAGAACAAGGCCCUUCGGGAGGACAACAGAGUCCUGAGUAAGGAGAACAAAAUUCUCCAGGCCUUCUGGGAGGAGAACAAGGAAGAGAACAAAGGCGAGCUGGGGAGAGCGGCCGGCGCGGCUUCCUCGGUUCUGAUCCAAAAGGACAACGCAGCCCUCCAGGUCCCGAAGAAGGACAACGCAGCGCUGCAGGCGCCCAGGAAGGAAAGCGCCACUCUGCAGUUUCUCCGGGAGGAAAAUCGGGCACUCCAGCUACUUUUGGAGCAAAGAGAGGCCCAUUGGCCCCAUCCGGAGCAAAAGACACGUCCCCAUGAGGAAUCUAAGGGCCUCCCAAGCCCUCAGGACGGCGUCCACAGCGCUUCAAGGCAGUCGGGGGAGAGCACCAUCCCUCCGUGCGAAGAACCCAAAGGGCCUGCGACCCUUCACGAGGCCAGUAAAGCCCUUCAGUCCCUCCGGGAGAUGGUCAACAACCUGUCCAUCCCUCUCGAGGACGUCAAGGCAGUGCCAGGCCUCCAGGAAGAGGCGCAGUCUCUGCAGGUUCUUCGGGAAAUGAACCAAGCCCUGCAAGCCCUGCGGGAGGAGAACCAGAGCCUGCGCGCCCUGCGAGAGGAGAACCGGAUCCUUCACGAGGAGAACCGGGCCCUCGAGCUCCUGAGAGAGGAGCACUGGGCCUGCCAGGAGGAGAACAAGGUCCUGUGGGAGAACAAUAAGCUGAAGCUGCAGCAGCAGCUGGUGAUCGAAACGGUGACGGAAAUCACCGCGAGAAUGAGGAUGCUGCUGGAAGAGUUAUAUGGCCACAUGCCCCCCAAGAACAAGGAGCCGAAGAAGCCCGGCAGGGUCUGA